AUGCUCAAUGUUGCCGAAGAGUUCGAGCUAGAUGGUGUAACUGUCGAGGACUUCUGGGAAUGGAUUGUCGAGCCUCUAUUCCCCAUUUUCCGGCAACUGCCUACUCCCGACCAGACAGCGAUACGGACCUUGGAUGACUUUCUCAACCCUGAAACUUUCGUCUAUACGUUUCAAGCGGUCUCCGACGAGCGGGUCCCACGGCUAGACAAAGACGCCGAACACCGAUCUCCAUUCGGUGUUUCUGUUCCAAAUGAGCUUUGUGCGUCACGGAAGUCCUUUAAUCCAGCUGAUGUCCGGAUCUGGGAUCAGAAUCUGGAUGGCCCGCCUUCUCGUACGCCGAGCAGAGUCCUUUUGAGCGAUGGGACAGUUGCAUUCCUCAAACUUGUUCGCCGAGGCGACAAGCGGUCCCUCGAAAACGAGCUGGCUACAUAUGGCAAGAUCGACAGAGCACGACUUGAUAACAACCUGAGGAUCUCACGCCUCUACGGUAUAGUGCGAGGCAAAGACGGUGUUAUCCUAGGUCUUUUACUUACCUAUAUUGACUGUGAGCGUGUAACGCUAUCGUGUGCAAUAAAGCCAGGAACCGAAGUCUUGCUAAGGAAGAAGUGGGGUGCGCAAAUACAGGAAGCUCUUGGGCAACUGCAUGAUGCUGGAAUUUUUUGGGGAGAUGCUAAACCAGAUAACGUAUUAAUUGACGUUAAUGAGGAUGCUUGGCUUAUCGAUUUUGGGGGUGGAUACACUGAGGGAUGGGUUCCUAAGGCCCUUGUCGGGACAAUGGAAGGUGACAACAUUUCCCUUGGAAGAAUACUAGAAUACAUUCGCACCUAG